CCGGGGUCGGUCCUGUCCUGUCCGGUCCGGUGGUGUGCGUUGCGGUGGGGGCUGGGGUGAGGCGGCCAUGGGGGUGAGGCGGCGCUGGUGGCUUUGGUGCUGGCCGGGCCUCCUGUCCGGGCCUCGUCCGGCCUGUCCGGGUCUCCUCCGUCCUGUCGGGCCUCCUCCGGCCUGUCCGAGCCUCCUCCGGCCUGUCGGACCUCCCCCUGGGACCGACACCAACGGUGGCACCGCUGCCAGCAGGGCCGGCGGCGUCGAGGCCGGGCCCGGGCCUCUUCUGGUCCCCGCAGGCUCCUCCGGCCCCCGCCCCAGUUCUUUACCAAAGGUGAUGGAUGAAAAGCCCCGUGAGGAUCGUCGGUUUUUAACUGCAAGUAACCAGUAUCCCAAAGAAGUUGUGAGGAAACGGCAGAAUUCUGGACGCAACUCCAAGGGGAGUGAUUCAUCCAGGUUGUCCAGAAAAAGCUUCCGCCUGGACUAUAGAUUGGAGGAAGAUGUAACUAAGUCAAAGAAAGGAAAAGAUGGGAGAUUUAUCAACCCUUGGCCAACCUGGAAGCACCCGACUCUUCCCAAUAUUUUAAAAUGGGCAGUUAUGGAGAAAAACCACAGCGGCGUUCCAAGUUCCAAAGAGGAAUUGGACAGAGAGCUUCCCGUGCUGCCCCCCUACUUCAUCGAGAACCCCGAGCUAGCUGGGACGAAGAGAGCCGGGAUGCGGGUCACGUGGCUGGGGCACGCCACGCUCUUGGUGGAAAUGGACGAGCUGACGCUCCUCACCGACCCCAUCUUCAGCCAGCGGGCGUCCCCGGCCCGGUUGAUGGGCCCUAAGCGAUUCCGCGGGCCCCCGUGCUCCGUGGGCCAGCUCCCCCGGAUCGACGCCGUCCUGAUCAGCCAUGACCACUACGACCACCUGGACCGCCGCACCGUGCUGGCUCUGAACGAGCGCUUCGGCGGGGAGCUGAGGUGGUUCGUCCCGCUGGGCCUCUUGGCCUGGAUGCAGAGGCGUGGCUGUGAGAAUGUGAUCGAGCUGGACUGGUGGGAGGAGAACUGCGUCCCCGGCCACGACAACGUGACCUUCGUCUUCACUCCUUCCCAGCACUGGUGCAAGAGGACACUGACGGACGACAACAGGAUUCUCUGGGGAAGCUGGGCUGUCUUGGGGCCCUGGAAUCGGUUUUUCUUUGCAGGGGAUACUGGGUAUUGUGCGGCUUUUGAGCAGAUUGGAAAACGGUAUGGGCCUUUCGAUCUUGCUGCUAUCCCCAUUGGAGCCUAUGAACCACGGUGGUUUAUGAAAUACCAGCAUGUGGACCCAGAAGAGGCCGUGAGGAUUCACAUUGACGUUCAGACCAAGAAGUCGGUUGCGAUUCACUGGGGAACUUUUGCUUUAGCAAAUGAGUAUUACCUGGAUCCCCCGGCAAAGCUGAGCGAAGCCCUAGAAAGGUAUGGACUUAAAAAUGAAGACUUCUUCGUCUUGAAGCACGGAGAAUCCAGAGACUUAAAUGUGGAUGCUGAAGCCUUCGAAUGAAUGUGGAAAUUGAGGCUCAAAUAAGUGUUGAUGCAGCGGAAAAAGGCCCUUUCUGCUGAGUUUACAACUGACAUUCAAAAUGAGAGACAGAAUUUCACCAAAGGGUAUGCUUCUGUUUAAAUUUGGAAACAUCUUUCCAAACUUGUGUUUUAAUCAGUGGGUACCAAUUUGCAGAACGGGCAGUCCAAUUUGAUUCUGGUUGUUGGUUAAUAUGUACACCGAAUGAAGGUGAUGUAAAAAUGCUCAGAUUGGCUGGAAUAGAAGAGUCCAACCUGGUAUUUGUAGCAAGAAUUCGCUAUUGAGCCAUGAGGCUCACUGGAUGUAACCCAAACAUUUGCCUUCUUUUUCAUUUUUAGUUGAGGUGAUAACCUCGGGGAGAUGUGUGAGGUUCACCAACAAAUAUAGCUGUCAUCUCUGCCUCGUGCCUUUAUGCUGGCAGGAAAGGGCAAAUGCUCCCUUGGAUUAAUUCACUGCCACCGACCCAAACCCACCAGGACAGUGAAGGGCAGGGGGAGCGUGAGCUGUGAAGGAUCUCUGGAGAGCCAUUAGAGUAGAAGUCAUCCUUCUGUCAGCAAGCCUACACGUGUGAAUGACCACAGGGAACUCCAAGACUUUAAAACCUACGAUCUAGUUUUUAGCGCAGUAGUCAUAAUCAUGGGUGGUCAGUGUGGAAAUGAUGGUGGAAAUCUAGUCUUCCCAUUCACCACUUUCUCCAUAAAACAGUUCUGCUUUCUUCCUGCUGAGAUUUCUUCAUCCCUUGGCCUAUCUAGGGAGUCAUUAAAAUGAAUUUAAUUUAAUUUUUUUUUAACAUGGCAUAAUUGAAAUGACCUCUUAGCCAUUUUCUCUAAGAUGAAAUACCUCUGAUUUUUCUGGGUCUUAUCAGGACGACGACUCCUUUCAUUUACCUCCCUAGGCGACAGUCUGGCUACGCCUAGACGAAAUGCACGUUCUUCAUUAGGUGACUCGGACAGAAAAUUAUAGCAGGGUCUCAAAAUGUUUGAUAUUUUUUGUUUCUGUGGAGAGGAUAACUAGUGGCUAAAGAGGACUGACUUGAAUAUUCAAAGCCUGAAUGACACUGCUAUAUUUCAUUCAUUUUCUGUGUAACCUUGAGUCCCCUCACUUCUCAGUGCCUCAAAUUCCUCAUACAUCAUGCGGGAGAGAUUAUUCUGAUCUACCUACCUCACAGGGUUGUGAGGUGUCAGCCACAAGGUAACGGUGAUUUUCAAAGCACUUUGAAAGCUUGGGAAAGAAACGAUGAUUUAAAGUCACUAGGUGCUUACCCGCAUUUAGGAGAUUA